UCGAGAAGAAGCUAAAUUGUUGGCGGGUUUCAUGGGCGUCAUGAAUAACAUGCGGAAACAGGUAGCGCCCCUCUGGGAGUGACCGAUGACAGUGGGGAGGUGGUCCGGGACCCCGGACCCUGGUUUUCGGGGCCGAAACCCGCGCCCUGUGGAUCGCGAACCUCUUCCUCUGCCCUCGGCCCUCGUUGCAUUUCGCACGCAGGCGAGUCUGCUUUUAGAGAGUGGCGCGUCAAACCGUGCUGGAGCCAAAGUGCCGCUUGGUGUGGCUCCCAAGUGAGACUCCUGGAGGAUGUGGCUCCCAAGCGAGACUCGUGGGGGACUCCGGCUGGCACUUGGCGUCAGGUAUUGGUUGCGUAACAGCUCUGCCCUAGUUAUCUCAUUGUGAGGCGAGGAUCCUUCCAUUGGCGAGCCGUUUUAAGGUGUCGUGAGAUCUUGUGGGAAGAAGCCCAUUGGCGCAGCCCAAACCCAAGCCCCAGAGGGAGAAGAGUUGGUGCCCUAAAAUCAGCUAAUCUUCCGUAAGGAUUCCUGCCCCCUCCUGUGAUGAUACCCGGUGUAGAUAGUUGAAGACGGAUCCUCCUGCUAAGCGUUAAUUGAAAGUAGAAACAGUCAUCAGUAAAUACCACGUCAUCUCAGGGCCCUGUGCACCCCUGUUAUUAAGAGGAGCUCUUUGUUCUGUGUUUGAUGUUUCGGGCAUUCAUGAAAGUCUGCAGCACGUCGGCGAAAGAAAACAUUGUGUGAUGUGGUCCUCAUGGUCCAGGAAAGAAAGAUACCUGCUCAUCGUGUUGUCCUUGCUGCAGCUAGUCACUUUUUUAACUUAAUGUUCACAACUAACAUGCUUGAAUCCAAAUCCUUUGAAGUAGAACUCAAAGAUGCUGAACCUGACAUUAUUGAACAACUUGUGGAAUUUGCUUAUACUGCUAGAAUUUCUGUGAAUAGCAACAAUGUUCAGUCUUUGUUAGAUGCUGCAAACCAGUAUCAGAUUGAACCUGUGAAGAAAAUGUGUGUUGAUUUUUUGAAAGAACAAGUUGAUGCUUCAAAUUGUCUCGGUAUAAGUGUGCUAGCAGAGUGUUUGGACUGUCCUGAACUGAAAGCAACUGCAGACGAUUUUAUUCAUCAGCAUUUCACUGAAGUUUACAAAACUGAUGAAUUUCUACAACUUGAUGUCAAGCGAGUGACACAUCUUCUCAACCAGGACACUCUGACUGUGAGAGCAGAGGAUCAGGUUUAUGAUGCUGCAGUCAGGUGGCUGAAAUACGAUGAACCUAAUCGCCAGCCAUUUAUGGUUGAUAUCCUUGCUAAAGUCAGGUUUCCUCUUAUAUCAAAGAAUUUCUUAAGUAAAACGGUACAAGCUGAACCACUUAUUCAAGACAAUCCUGAAUGCCUUAAGAUGGUGAUAAGCGGGAUGAGGUAUCAUCUACUGUCUCCCGAGGAUCGAGAGGAACUUGUAGAUGGCACAAGGCCUAGAAGAAAGAAGCAUGACUACCGCAUAGCCCUAUUUGGAGGCUCCCAGCCACAGUCUUGUAGAUACUUUAACCCAAAGGAUUAUAGCUGGACAGACAUCCGCUGUCCCUUUGAAAAGCGAAGAGAUGCAGCAUGUGUUUUUUGGGACAACGUAGUGUACAUUUUGGGUGGCUCUCAGCUUUUCCCUAUAAAACGGAUGGACUGCUAUAAUGUAGUGAAGGAUAGCUGGUAUUCCAAACUGGGCCCUCCAACACCUAGAGACAGCCUUGCUGCUUGUGCUGCAGAAGGCAAAAUUUAUACAUCUGGAGGUUCAGAAGUAGGAAACUCAGCUCUGUAUUUAUUUGAGUGCUAUGAUACCAGAACUGAAAGUUGGCACACUAAGCCUAGCAUGCUAACUCAGCGCUGCAGCCACGGGAUGGUGGAAGCCAAUGGCUUGAUCUAUGUUUGUGGCGGAAGUUUAGGGAACAAUGUUUCUGGGAGAGUGCUUAAUUCCUGUGAAGUUUAUGAUCCUGCCACAGAAACAUGGACUGAGCUGUGUCCAAUGAUUGAGGCCAGGAAGAAUCAUGGGCUAGUGUUUGUAAAAGACAAGAUAUUUGCUGUGGGUGGUCAGAAUGGUUUGGGUGGUCUGGACAGCGUGGAAUAUUAUGAUAUCAAAUUGAAUGAAUGGAAGAUGGUCUCACCAAUGCCAUGGAAGGGUGUAACAGUGAAGUGUGCAGCAGUUGGCUCUAUAGUUUAUGUCUUGGCUGGUUUUCAAGGUGUGGGUCGAUUAGGACACAUUCUUGAAUAUAAUACUGAAACAGACAAAUGGGUCGCCAAUUCCAAAGUCCGUGCUUUUCCAGUCACAAGUUGUUUGAUUUGUGUUGUUGAUACUUGUGGAGCAAAUGAAGAGACCCUUGAAACAUGAAAAAGGAGUAGACUUCAAGACUUCUUAGACCCAAAACAAUAUGGCCACCAGUGCUUUGUUCCAAGAGUUUGGUUAUGAUUGUUCCAAGAAUUUGGUUACAAAGUUUUGGUUCGAUGUUGUGGUAAAGUUUCAAGUGAAGUAAGGUCCCUAUAAAAUAUUUCUUUUAUGUGGAUUUCCUUACUUAAUUCAAAGACCAUAUUUUAGCUGGCCACAUAACCAAGAACGUAUCUAGCAAGAAAACUUGAAAACUUAUAAAACAUCUGGUGAAAAUAUGAAUUUCUUGAAUGAAUUUCACAUUUGUAACUAUGAUUUUUGACAGAGUAGGAGAUUGGCUUAUCAGAGAAGCAGCCUCAUCUUAGCUCUAGAUUUUAUUUUCAUACAUCACAAAUAUGCUAUGUGGUUAGGUCUGUCUGUUUCUGUUCAAUCAAGAACUAAGAAAUAGUAUGAGUUGUAAGUCAAGAUGGGCAACUGUGAGGGAACGGCUUAGUCUCACAUAAUUUUGCUUGUCUUCAUUUGUUCCAUUUAGUGCCAAAUGUAUUCCAUUUUAAAAGCAAGCCAGAGUGAAUCAAGGUAUAUACAGUUUCUCACAAAACUUCACACACAGAUUUGGGGACUUACUCUGUCCAGCUCCUCGUGAAGUAUAUUCAAUCCAUUGAAUAUAUUCCAUCUUUUUAACAUGAAAUGUCAGUAGUACCCAUCAUUAACUUAAGUCACUCUUUUACUUGAUGGAUAAAAAAGGAUUCUGCUUCUUCAGUCCUCACCAUUAAGUAAAAUCCAAUCAUAAGAAUGAUUAACUAGCAAAAUAUAAAGCUGUUUAUGGCAGAUUUCUAGAUUAUUAGAAAAGCAGUGAUUGUUAUACCAUAAUUAUCAGUGCUGACUUUGAAUUUCUUAUGGAUCAAAAAGAUAAAUAAUUUCUUUUCCCUUAGCAGAACACACCAACUCAGUUGUCUCUUAAAGUUUUCUAAUAAUAUGAUUUAAAUAGAUGUCAUUUCCUAUUCAUUGUUUUUAUGUGGUUAAUAAAUCUUUUACAAACCCCCCUACUCAUUUCUGUCCUUGUAAUGUUUUUGCCCUUUCACUGUGUGUGGAAUGAGCCAUGUAAAACUGUCACCAUCGAUGUUUUUAUCUGAUCAUAUUAAAUAUUUUUUAACUUAAAA